AUGGCGAACUACACCCAACACUUACAGCAAGUAACUCCGUCGCCAUCACCUAGUCCUCAACUUCAAUACCCCCGCUCGCCCACUCAGCCCCGCACCCGCCUACAAGGUCGCCGAGGUGUGACCACCCAAUCCGCGCCUCCAACAACUCCCCAGUCUCACCAUUCUUCCGUUCUUCUCCCUGCCUUUACCCUUAAGAAGGCAGGGAAUCCUGGUGCGAGUCGAAUUAACGCCACCCCGGGGCCCAGUCGGAGGGACAUGGUUCGGACGCGUUCGCGCUCUGCGGAGCAACAACCCACUCUCGGAGACCUCACCGUCGGAAACUUGGCGCGGCACGAUGAUGGCAGCAUCCAGACGAUCCCCAUUGCGGGCUCGAGCUUAUUAGAUCUCGCAGCCAUUCAAGCAAUGCGGAAGGAGCAAGAUGACCGCCUACGCCGCCACCUCCCCACGCACGCCCAAAUCGUCGCCGAGAGGCAGCGCAACUAUCCUACCAACCACGCUAUCCGCGUCGUCAAGCGUGCUUGCACCAAACUGGCAAAUGAACUGACGGUGCAUCAAGCUUCCUUCUCCUCGCUCGAAAAACUACUGAAGGAAGCCGUGGGCACGGUGAAUGAGGCUACGCGCAGGACACGGGAGGUGGUGUGGUUGAGGUUUUGCUUGGAGCACGACCUGUUGAAGAAGGUAAAGAAGGAGAGGAAGUAUUGGGAUGGGACGCUUGUGGGUGGGGACAGAGUGAGGGAGUGGAGGGAGUUUCUGGAGGAGGUGAAGAGGGAGAAGGAGGAGAAGGGCAAGGAGGCGCUGGAGAAGUUAGAUAGGGAGUUGGAGGAGUUGGAUGGUUCGGACGAGAGUGGGAGUGACGACGGGCGCGAUGGAGGCUCUGACGAUAAGUCCGGCUCGGAAAGCCGGAAACGCGCACGCGAUACUGUGGAUGACGACCAACAGGACGAAGAACAAGAACAAAUGAAGAGGGCUAGGCGGGAUAUCGUCGCAUCCUGA